AUGCGGUACGGAAUCGCAGCACCUAACUGGAUCACUCUAGUAGGCCUUUUCAGCCUCACAGUGUCUGCUUCGCCCGUCGAGGCGGCCACACCGUACUGCGGAAUGGUGCAAGACACCAACCGUAUUGGUCACGGACUCUAUGUCACCUCUCAGGAGCAUGCCGUUCAAGGUGUAGCAUCCCGACUUGGACAGUGUCAGUCUCUACACCUGAACGGCGCGCAGGCUGUUACGUAUCAGAUGAAAGGAAAUUGCUCCUGUUACUUCUUCAACGACGAGAAUUGCGACAGCUCCUACUUUAUCUAUCCUAAUGGGGAAACUACAGUGCAAACACGAGCGUACAAGUGCUGUUUGAGCAUUCGAGGUGUGCAAGGUACUUGUGCUCAUUGUCGAGACUUGGCGAUUAUGCGGCUAUCAAUACUCACCAGCCUUCUGUUUGGUGGCGUUUCCGUCAUAUGCAACCCAAUAAGAUCCACGGUGAUUGCCCGUGGUGGUUCAGGAUAUGUGACAGAUACUUUGGGCAACCAGUACGCACUAUACGACACCGGUGACAGCAAUAUCCGUGCCAUCACCGACAAGAUCAAUGGCGAGUACAUGAGGCCUGUCAGCUACAGUAUAAGCUCGGGUCAUGCCUGCAAAUUUUGGAGUGAGGCUACGCGAGGCAUCGGCUACCUUAUUGGCGAAUUCACCGGUCCUGUUCAUGCUGCAUUUGGCCAUCACUGGGCAGCGUUCUUCGAAUGCUUAGAUCUUACAAUUGGACUUCCUGUUGGGGCUAAUCAUGGCCCGGCUGGCAAUGUACUUGACAGCAAUGGUGUGGUCAUCAUGCUUCGAGUCGAGGAAGAACUCACUAUUAUUGGCAUGAAGGAAGGCUAUUAUCAUCCAAAGAACCUCCAUAUCGCCGAAGGCUAUUUGUGCGAGUUCCAUAUGUGCUCAGACACUUCUCAGGCGACUCAUUCACCACGCAUAUUGUGGGAUAUCUCAAGCCCUGAAGACGUUGCCGGACAGAUCUAG